AUGUUUCCGCUUUUGAUUUUCCCAAUUUCCAUAAUAAGAAAAUUAAUUAUUUGGCCGUCCUCAUCUUCAUCAUCGAAUGAACUGUAUUCUUUAGCAGCAAGAAAUUUGAACGAAAAUUUUAAAAAGAAGAUUAAUAUGUUGGAGAGCCAGAGAUAUUAUCAAAAUACUCCAAAAGAAGUUCAGUUCAAUCCCUAUGCUUUUAAUGGAGGAACUGUACUAGCCAUUUCUGGUGAAGAUUUUGCUGUGAUAGCUUCAGACACAAGACUUAGUCAGGGCUUCUCAAUUCAUUCUCGAACUAGUCCAAAAAACUAUAAACUAACUGACAAUACAGUGCUUGGAUGUGCUGGUUUCCAUGGAGAUUGUCUGACUUUGAUGAAACAUAUCAAUGCAAGACUUCAGAUGUAUUACCACGAGCAUGGAAAAAGAAUGAGCUGUCCAGCUGUUGCUCAAAUGCUAUCAGUCAUCUUGUAUUCAAGACGAUUUUUCCCAUUUUACACUUACAACAUUCUUGCUGGACUGGAUUCAGAAGGAAAAGGAUGCGUUUACAGUUUCGAUCCAGUUGGUUCUUACGAACGUGAAAUAUUCCGGGCCGCUGGUUCCGCCUCGUCCUUGCUGCAACCUUUGCUGGACAACCAGAUUGGUUAUAAAAAUCAGGAGAGAGCCUCGGAGAUUCCCGCCCUCACCAAGGAGAAAGCUGUCGCUCUCGUUAAAGAUGUUUUUACGUCUGCGUCAGAACGCGAUAUUUACACAGGCGAUGCCGUCGUCAUACAUUUGAUAACUAAAGACGGGAUACACGAGGAUUCGUUUCCGUUACGACGGGAUUAGAUGGGAUAUUGAACUACUUAUAUUUCAUAGACUUUGCCAACUUACGCCUGUUUCAAUUUGGCAAUGAAAACUGAAGCUUUUGAAUGAUAGAAAAAUUUUUAUUGUUCUUUCA